GCCGCGCGUGACCGCCGGCGCCGCCAGCCCCGCGCCGAGCCCGCGCGCCCCGGCCCGGCCGAGCGAUGCUGCUGCUGGCCGCCGCCUUCCUCGUGGCGUUCGUGCUGCUGCUCUACAUGGUGUCGCCGCUCAUCAGCCCCAAGCCCCUCGCCCUGCCCGGGGCGCAUGUGGUGGUUACAGGAGGCUCCAGUGGCAUUGGAAAGUGUGUUGCUAUUGAAUGCUAUAAACAAGGAGCGUUUAUAACUCUGGUUGCACGAAAUGAGGACAAACUGCUGCAGGCAAAGAAAGAAAUUGAAAAACACUCCGUUAAUGAUAAACAGGUGGUACUUUGUAUAUCUGUCGACGUGUCUCAAGACUACAGCCAAGUAGAGAAUGUCAUAAAACAAGCACAGGAGAAACUGGGCCCUGUGGACAUGCUUGUAAACUGUGCAGGAAUGUCCCUUUCAGGAAAAUUCGAAGAUCUUGAAGUUAGUACUUUUGAAAGACUCAUGAGCGUCAACUACCUGGGCAGCGUGUACCCCAGCCGAGCGGUGAUCACCACCAUGAAGGAGCGCCGUGUGGGCAGGAUUGUCUUUGUGUCCUCCCAGGCGGGCCAGCUGGGGUUGUUCGGUUUCACGGCCUACUCUUCGUCCAAGUUCGCCAUCAGGGGACUGGCUGAAGCUUUGCAGAUGGAGGUGAAGCCGUAUAACGUCUACGUCACAGUUGCCUACCCGCCAGACACAGACACCCCUGGGUUCGCCGAAGAAAACAAAACAAAGCCUUUGGAGACUCGGCUCAUUUCAGAGACCACAUCUGUUUGCAAACCAGAGCAAGUGGCCAAACAAAUUGUUAAAGAUGCCAUACAAGGGAAUUUUAACAGUUCCAUUGGCUCAGAUGGGUACAUGCUCUCGUCCCUGACCUGUGGAAUGGCUCCGGUAACUUCUAUCACUGAAGGGCUCCAGCAGGUGGUCACCAUGGGCCUUUUCCGCACUAUCGCUUUGUUUUACAUUGGAAGUUUCGACAGCAUAGUUCGUCGCUGUAUGAUGCAGAGAGCAAAAUCUGAAAUUGCAGACAAAACUGCCUAAUUCUUACCCGUCGGAAAAAGACUGUUUCUAAAUAAUCUGAACAGCUUGCUGCUAAAUGGGACCCAGAUUUUGGCCUACAGACACUUAUGUAUUGCUUUUGAAUAUGUGAGAUUGGACCACUGCUCUUCAGAAACCUGGCUGCAAGCGAGGGGAUAGAAGUUCAACUCCAGACAAUAUUAUUAAUACUAUGCAAAUGUGGAAUAGGAGACCACUGGAUUCUCUGAAGUGGAGAGGUGCUGAUGGUAUGGGAACUAAUAGCGUGUGAGCAGGGUAAAGAACAGGAUUUCAGAGUGAUCAUUGAAAUUUUUUCUAUUUAUUCUGUUUUUCCCCAUAGAAAUCAAGUCCAGAAAUGUACUUUGUGACACGUAAGAAGUCUUAAGGACUUUUUAAACCUUCCAUGAAAGGCAGUUUAUGGGUUUCUAAAGCCUUUUUUUUUCUUUUUAGCUUGGUAUAUUUUAUUCAAGAUGAGUUUUACACAUUGCCAGUGAGUCCCAAUGCAUAAUAAUGUCCCUGACUCACUUUGCUACUGGUGGACCCUUGUGGCUUCUCUCUCUCUUUGAUCCCAUAACACUACAAGGGGGAUGGGAGAGGGCAAUGCAGUGGAGGAGAAGGAGAUAAAUAUUUUCCAGUAGGAAAAAUAAUGCUGUCUUGUCUUCGUUAGACUUGAAUGCCAAGGGCCCUUUUCAUUUUUCACUCAUGGGGAAAAGCAGCCUCCUAAAACGUUUUCUGAAAGAAGUAAAAUCGUAGAAGCUUAAAAGUUUACAAUUUCUUCAAUAGCCAUGAUGACCUGAAGUUCCAUUCCAUUAUAGUGUCUUUUCAUUCUACCCAUCUCUUCCUUUCCUAUUUUGCUGAUACUGCUAUAAUAUUUUUGUAAAAAAAAAAAAAAAAAGAAAAAAGAAGACCAGUUAAAAAUUUUUGGCUUGAAUUUUUAAAUUAAUUCAUGAAUUAAUUAAAACAAAUGAAAAAACUUAAGAAGUGUGACAUUCUUCUCCUUGUAGCAUAAAUGUAGCUUUUAGGAAAGGCUGGCGAUAGGAUAUUUAAAUUUUACUCAUUCAGAACAGAAAGUAGGACGACAAGGCCCAUUUUGAAGAUACUCGCUUUUGAAAUAAAAUGAUCACCCCAUUCUUUCUGUGACUCUCCCACUGACUUUGAGAACAUUCUCUUCAAACCACAUGGUAAGGAAGCCCAGUUGUCGCUCUCGCAAUAUAACCCUGGAAAUCCUCUUGGCCUCGUGAAUGUUGUUUCCAGAUUACAGGCUCUGUUGUUCAUUAGUGGAUUUCCACAAUAAGUGCCUAUGAUGAGUUUUAGCCAAUGUUACCGCUCCAUCCUGUCAUUGUAUGUGGUCCUCCUACUUGAGGACAGUUACCUUCCUUGUAAUGCUGUAUCCCCUCCUUCUUGCAUACACAGUAUGCAUAUACAGUAGCACAUUCCAGUUCACUUUGGUGAGAAAAGACCACCGCUUUUGAAGAAGAAACUUUUUUAUUAUUAAAACCCCCACAAUUCUACAAAAGAUUAAAGACCUAAAAAUUAUAGCAAACCUUUUUUGCUCUUGAGUUUUUGAACCUCUUGACUUUAAAAUGACUUAAUAUUUAAAAAGUAAAAUGUUUAAUAGCUUUAAUCCAUGGUGUUUUUUAAAUUAAGAUCUGAGACUGGCAUAUUUUAAACACUGAUAAAGACAGAAGAAAUGAUUACUUAAUAUCUAAGUUGCUUGGAUGACUUCAUUGCAGUUCAUAGGGGUGGGUUGAUGCCAUAAAUGGUUUCAUGAAUCUUUCAGUCUUGUGUAGCCAUCGUUUGCAAACUCCGUUGAGUCAUAUUGUGCAGCCUCGAAAAUGGAGUAUUGGCUGUAUUUUCCUAAUUUGCAGAAAACAGUUACAUUAAUAUCAGGAUGUUUCUCAAUUUUAUUCUUUUCUCAUAAAUGUUCCUUGAAUGUUGGCACCUUCUCCUGCUGGUGUAUAUUAAAAUUUAGUCCAAGAUGGCAUCUCAUUUAAUAAAAUUAACUAUUUAACAAUAGUUUUUUCAAUAUACGUUUCUUAAGGUGUCCUUAUAGACAGUACUGUCACCUCAGGUAAUCUGCCUGCACAAAUUUAAGAGCUCCCGUUCUCUGGUGAGAGAUAUUACCCCCAACCCAAUUGAAGCUCAGACAUAGCAGGAGAUUUGUGGAGAUGAUAAUUUCAGAGAAUGGGCUUCUUUGUCAGAGAUGUCAAAGGUCCACAGUCCUGUAUUCAAAAAACUUUGGAAAGGUGGUUUUUUUUUUUCUUUCUAAAUUUGGUGCCAUAAUUCAUUUGAUAGCAAAACCUGACAUGAACUGACAUGAGAUUAUGAUAGUUCUUAUUUAUGCCACUUCCUGGACUGUUUAUUAAUUUCACCUGAAAAAAUACCAGUGGGUUUGAUUAUAGGUAUUGCCCCAGACUCUGUGGUGUUUUGUCAUAUCCAGUAUAUGCCCCAUAUUACCUUUUCAAAAUCCAAAAUCUGAUGAAUUCUGAAACACAUCUGGCCCAGAGGGUUUUGGACAAGGGAUUGUGGACAUUUAAGCCGCGUCACCCAAUGACCUGACUUCAUCCAAAACAUGUAACUAUUACAAGGCAAAUUCUACUUUUUACUUUUUUUGGCUCAAUUCUUGUACCACUUUUUUUACAUUGACUUGUUUUUUUGCUCGAGGGAAGAAAAAAAGCUCUGAGUCAGACUGUUUGUUAGGGAAACUGUUGGCUUUUUUUUAAGGAUUGCAUUGACUCGUCACUUUAUGUUAUACCCAGAAGUUGUUGACUCUCAUCUCUGGCAGAAGUUUAUCAUAAUUCCGCUGAAAUGUGGGCUCUCCGUAUGUGACUGACCACAGGGUUUUAUGCCAGUUUCAGUUCUGAAGUGCCUCCCUCUGCUAGGUUCGGUUGUACUGUUUUAUUAUUGUGUAUUUGUGAGUCUAUUUAUUUUAAAAUGUUUAGUGUCAUUCAGCCCUAGAAAUCUCACAGUAUCUUCAAGGAUAAUUGAAAAAGGUAUAAAAAAUAAUCCUCAUUUCUUUUUACAAAAACAAAGUCAAGGGAAUUGUUCUUUUCUAUAUUUUUUAAAUUUAAUUUUCACAGCUGAAAAGAGAAGAAAUUAAAAAUGCUGUUAAUGAUGGCCUCUUUACAUUGAUACUUGUAUAUAUUUAGUUAUAAGGCUUUAUUGGGAUCUGUUAAACCAUAUAUUGUUAAUUCAUGGAAGUGAAAUGUUGAGAGACCAAUAUUUAGAUGACAAAAGCAUUUUGGUAGUAGUUGCCUCGAUUCAAAGAAUUGUAUGUCUUUGUCUUUCUAGAAGCAGGCAAUACAUAAUAAUUUUUCCUUUUACUGAAUUAUAUCAUCAGGUGAUUUAAUUUUAUUACAUCAUGUUCUAAUUUAAACAUGUCCUACUCGAGGACACUGAAAUAUUCAUACUUUUUGAUGUAAGAUGCUUUGUGUCUUUCUCAUUUCCUUUAGUUCUUAGUAACUCAGCCCUACAAAGUACCUGCUAACCAUGAUCUUCCGUAUGCUGGACUAAAUCUCAUUUAGUUCAGGGCAGUGACGGCAGACUUGAUAUUUUGAAGAGCAGGCAAUAGCUAUUAUAUUUUACACUUGCUUGGUGUGAAAACUCUAAAGACAUUUUUAAACUGAGAAGAGUGCACAUGGCUAUUUUGAUAUAUAUUAGAACUUGUGUUUGCUACUUUAGAAGCUUUUGUGCCAGAAUUGUAACCUAAUUUUCAUAUCUUGUAUUUCUGAAUCACAAGAAAAAAAUAAAUGGGGAACAAGCUUUACAGAUUUGAAAACUUA